GGACUGUAGAGAGAAAGCGGCAGAGAAGUAGACUGCACACAGAGUUCGGAAGACGGCAAUCUCAGAUACAGUCAUGGGAACGACCCCAUCAGCACCAAAACUAAACGGCACACAUAUCAGAAAAGGAGACACCGUGCGUUUGAGUUGGCGGUCUAACUGUGGGGUGUACGGCACAUGGAAGAAGGACGAGAAGGUCCUGGCUCAUGGUGGCAGAGUCAGCAUCAGCCACAAAGACUUCAAGCACUUCAGUCUGGAGGUCAAAGAUGCCAGGCAGGAGGACGAGGGGAAUUACACCCUAGAGCUGUCCAACCGCAAGGCCAGAGUGUCGGGUUCAGCAGCCGUGACACUGCUAGAAUUUGAUACAGAAUGGAGAGGACUCUUUUUAGCAGAAACAGACGAGGUGAAAAAGACACUGGAGGCCUUCAAAGUCAGCAACUCGGAGGUGAGAUGCCUCCGCUUCCUGCUCCAAGGCCCGGUGGGAGUGGGCAAAUCCAGCAUCAUCAACACCAUCAACAGCGUCUUCCAGGGUCAGAUGGUUAAUCUGACACCCACAGAUGCAGCCACCGGAAAGAGUCACACCAUUGCCUAUCAAGCGUACCCGAUUGAAGACGCCCAGAAGAAAUCCCUGCCGUUUGUGUUCAAUGACAUCAUGGGCCUGGAGAAUGAGAAGGAGAGUGGUGCGCUUAUCGCUGAUAUCAUCAGUGCCUUAAAGGGUCGUGUGAAGGAUGGCUACAAGUUCAAUGCCAGCUCUGCCUUGACAGAGACAGACUUUCACUACAAUAGCGCCCCCAGCCUGGCUGACAAGGUGCACUGCCUGGUUACGGUGAUUCAUGCCAACAACAUCUUCCUGUUCACCGAGGAGGAUGAUGCCAUCCAGAAGAUGAAGCAGGUCAGGAAAGCUGCCCGUGACCUCGGAGUCCCUGAUGUAGUGUUCAUGACACACGUGGAUCAUUGUUGUCCUUUGGUGAAAAAGGACCUGAAUAACAUCUACCUAAGCAAACGGAUUAAAGCUGCGAUGCAGCGGUGCAGUGACCUGGUUGGCGUCCCGAUGAACUGCAUAUUCCCAGUGAAGAACUACCACCAGGAGACCAAAGGGGACGCCAAGACAGAGUGCUUGAUCCUGCACGCUCUGGAUAAAGCCGUCAAGUCCGCCGAUGACUUUGUGAGGGUGAAGAGCUCCAAUUGAAUUGAAACUUAAGACGUGCAAAAAUGGAAAUAUAAUUUAAGAUAAGUAAAAUUAAAAUAAAAACCCUGCCACUAGACUUCCCUUGAUCCUGCAUGCCUGGAGGAAGCUGUCACGUCUGCAAUGACUUUGUGAAGGUUGUUAAGAGCUGCAACUGAGUUAGGCCUACGUAAAAACAAGACUUGCAUAUUUGUUUAUUUUUGGGAGGACAUAAAUGAUUGAUGUGUUACUCGACACUCAGGGCCAUCUCGUUUACAAAGUGAAUUCAUGCUUUGCAUUUAGUGUACACUGUGUGUAAGUAGGUGAUAAGGUGACAGGGCCAUUUAGGUAUGUUAAACAAAAGGAUAUGUUCAAUGUAACAUACGUUUUAGGGACAUCCUUACAUCCAUGUGAUGAAGACCCAAGUGACAAACAUGUGAACGACUUUUACAAUUUAACAGAUGAAAAACUAAUAUGACAGGAAGUCAGGGCUGCGAGGUUAAAUAAUUCACUUAGGCUACUGUUAGGGCUGCGCAAUAUCAUAUCAAUAUUGCUGUCAAACAAUAUCAAAUUUCACAAUAUCGAUUUGAAACAAUGUUUUUGUCAUUUGUUUAU